GUUGCUUUUAAUGUGUCGAACCCAUGUCCUAUGCUUCAGUGCCUGGGAGUGAGAACACUGUUUGCAGAACAGCAGGGGUACACGGACCGUACCCAUGAACGCCGAGCGCUUUUUUACGCCUUUACUCGCUACGCGCGACCCGGAGGCUUGGCGGAGCGAAGCAGCACGGCGUCUGCUCUGAGUCUGGAGGGGGAAAACCAGGCUCGUCUCCGCGGGGAUCUUCGGACACAACUUGGAGAGAAGUCGCUUGCUGCUGUUGCCUCGACUGGAGGAGGUUUGUUCGGAGGUGUACAGCGAGAGUGUGAAGCAAGUGUCAGAGGGAGAGCAACAGAUGUUUUUUCGUGGAUAUGCGGCCGGCUGAGGAAUGAGAGCAGCGGCGAGGCACCGGCGGCCCUUCCAGCGGUUCUGCUGCUGUGGACUCGGGCUGGUCGCCGUCAUUUGGCUCACACAGGUUAUUCAGGCACCAGAGACCGAGUCUUCUGGGUUUCGGCUGGGCGUGAAUGGCGGGACGCUGCGAUGGACGCGCAGGCUGAUGCAGGAGAAGUCAGACAACCAGAGCCUGGACCAGCCCCGAGCAGCAAUCCAUGAGUUUCCAGAGGACAUCUUUACCAAGGAGCAGAGGAAGAAGGGGGCUGUGUUUCUGCAUGCACUCUGCGCCAUCUACAUGUUCUACGCUCUAGCCAUCGUCUGUGAUGACUACUUUGUCCCUUCCCUUGAGAAAAUAUCUGAGAACCUGCAACUCAGUGAAGAUGUGGCCGGGGCGACAUUUAUGGCUGCAGGAAGCUCUGCUCCAGAGCUUUUCACCUCUCUCAUUGGUGUUUUCAUCACUAAAGGAGACGUUGGAGUCGGCACAAUCGUGGGCUCUGCUGUCUUUAACAUCCUGGUCAUCAUUGGCCUGAGCGGGAUCUUUGCAGGCCAGACAGUGACUUUGACAUGGUGGUCUCUUUUUAGAGAUUCCACCUACUACAUCCUCUCUGUACUGACCCUCAUCAUGGUUAUCUAUGAUGCCAGAGUUGUCUGGUGGGAGUCCUUGCUCCUCAUGACCAUGUAUGGAAUCUACAUCAUAAUCAUGAAGUUCAACUCCCAGAUUCUAGUGUUUGUGACGCGUCAGCUGAGAAGCGUCAGGCCGUGCUGUCUCAAAUCAGCGGAUCACAGAGCGGACAAGAUGGGGGAGGAUGCCUCGGCUUGCAACACCUCCAUGGUGCUGCUUGGCAAAGGCCAAGCCCAUGGUCAGGAGCCUCCUCCAGUCAUCAUGGUGGAUGAGCUUCUCAUCCUCAACCCCCACAAACUGUCCUUCUCUGAGGCCGGUCUGCGUAUUAUGAUAACCCCCCACUUCUCCCCCCGCACCAGGCUCUCCAUGGCAGGACGCAUGCUCAUCAGUGAGAGACAGAGGCUGAUCCGUACUUUGAAGAACCAGCGGGAUGGUGAGGCCAGCCCCGGGUCAAGGGGCGGGUCAACCAGCAACAGCCUGAAGAGGACGGGCUCCUGCAGUCUGGAGAACGGAGGAGGGAGACCUGGGAUAGGAGACGCAGAGUUGGGAGACAAGCCAGGGGUCGAGGUGUGCCAGCCAGAGGAGGAGGAAGAGGAUGAAGAUGGGAUUUUCAGUCCUGUGCGUAUACCAGGUGGCUGCUGUGCGCGGGUGAAGUGGGUGAUCACGUGGCCUCUGGGCCUCCUGCUCUACUGCACUGUGCCUAACUGUAUACUGCCACGCUGGCACCGCUGGUUCAUGGUCACCUUUGUGGCCUCCACCCUGUGGAUCGCCGUCUUCUCCUACCUCAUGGUGUGGAUGGUUAGCAUCAUCAGCUUCACACUAGACAUCCCAGACUACAUCAUGGGCAUAACCUUCCUGGCAGCAGGGACCAGCGUGCCAGACUGCAUGGCAAGUCUGAUUGUAGCUCGACAAGGCAUGGGGGACAUGGCAGUGUCUAACUCCAUAGGCAGCAAUAUCUUUGACAUUCUGCUGGGUUUGGGUUUCCCCUGGGCUUUGCGUACCCUUGUGGUGGACCACGGAUCAAUAGUCUCCAUAAAUAAUAAAGGACUGGUGUAUUCUGUCAUCCUGCUGCUGGCAUCUGUGUUUCUGACAGUGAUGAGUGUACAUCUGAACCAUUGGAAGCUGGAUCGCCGGCUGGGUCUUGGUCUGAUGUUUCUCUAUGCCAUCUUCCUGCUCUGCUCCAUCCUCUUCGGGCAGAUGUGAGGCCAAAGGUCAAAGGUCAAACCUCGUCAGACAAUAUGCUGAGUACCUACCUACCUUUCUACCACACAUCAGCUUUCCAAAAAAAAAAAAAAAAAAAAAAAAAAAGUGACAGUGUUGUGUUCCUUGUGAGAGUUUUUGUGCACCUCCUGUAGGAUUUGCUAGGGUGAUGUCGUACACAUGCAACUACACAAACACAAACUCAAGUCCUUUAUCAAUAGCACAGAUGUUUUUUCCUCCUUUUCAUACAGGGCAGUGUUUGAAAGCCGUCAGUCUUGUAUGUAUCAAAUCGGGUGACUUUCCAAAAACCUGAAUGACAUGGCAGAUGAAAGCAGCAGGAUUGUUGGGCCUUUAGUAACAAUAUGAAACAGGAACAACAAAAACAAAUUGUUCUGGUCCUCAUUAGCUAGGUUUUUGCACAGUGUUGUGGCUGUGCAACAGCCCACUAAUAUUUUGAUGAUAAUUAUAUAAUGUAACUGAGCUAAAAUUUCUGUCUCCAUUCAGUAACGACUUUGACAUUAUAUUUUAUGCUUGUUAAAUUUGAAUAUACAAAAAUGAAUCUUCUGGCAUUUUCUACAAACAUUUGUUGCCAAACGCAUCAAUUUUGAGACAGGCUGCGUCCCGCUAAAAAUCCGCCGAGUUAGCUUACCAGCCAACUAACACGCUACAAAUCCAAACUGCCUCUGCUCGAUAAUUCCUUUUUGAAUAAAUGAUGUGCUAUCACUAUUUCAUGAAAGCAAUAAGUCAUUAGAAGUAACACACAUCCACCCUUUUAUGCAUUCACAAACGUAGAUUAUGCACAUCCCAUUAAUUGUUAAUAUCCCAUGCAGUGAGCAUAAAUGAAAAGGUCUUAAUGACACAAAGGUUUCGUUCUCUCAGGGACUGUUACUUACUUACUGUCACUGCAGCUCUUUUCCUUUGAGUCUCCUGUUCAGUUUAUUUAUUUGUAUUUUUCACAUUUGUGUUUGGAAUGCUGCUGCAGCCGAGCAAAUCAUUUACAGGGUUAUUGGCUAGUUGGCUUUAAUACCGACACAACAAACAAAAAUCAUAUCUAAUAGAGAGUAAGUUCAUUAGCGUGCAUCUUCUCUGCUGCUGUAUCCACAUGUUGUCUCCUCCGGAUUAAUCAGAAGCGUGUGUUUCUGGAGAGACUAAUCAAACAGUUCGAGAAUGAUAUGCAGAGGCACCAGACACCGGCAGUUACAAUUUACUGCAGGUGAAAAGAGGCGUUUAAGUGCAACUACCCAAUAAAAACCCUACUGGGCUGCAGUAGAGAACAAAUUCUCUUCAAAAUAAGGCUGAAAUUCACAGGUGGCUGUGGUGAAAAUGGAUAUUCUUCAUGUUGUUCAUUUGAAGAAGUGGUACUUUAAUCUGCCAUGUCAUGCAUCAGAUUAAUCGAAUUGUCUGUUGGCCUUAGGUUUGAAUACCUUUUGUAUGUUUUGAAUGUACACCCCAGCUGACUUUGCCAUUCGUGUGGAAAUAUUUACAGGCAUUCAAAUGUAGCAGGCAGCACUGAAUUACAGCGAAGAACCUCUGAACAGACAGUGAGGUACUUUAGUCCUAUAAUGUCAGUAGACUAUUAGAAUAGAAACAUUGAUAUGAAAAAUGCAUAUUAUUGUGACAAUAUUUUGACGAUUUUGCCUCACUACUUAUAAGCAAGUAUUUGUACAGCUUAAUGUACUUAAAAAGAUUAACCUAGUGUUACAGUAUUUUUAGAGGUCUCAUUACUAUGAAAUCUAAUAUAUAAUGUACUUCUAUGAGUGUCACAAACUUUGAUGACUUCAAGUGCAGGUUAGUUGUAAUACUUCACGUUUAGUCAUGACAAUCGACGUUUGUAUUGUUUCUCGUACAUUUUAUGAGAUUAACUUACUCUGAUGGAACAUUUUUACAGUCAGCACAAACAGGGAUCAUGACAGAGGCAGAACGAGAUAUACUCACACAUACAUAUUCUGCGUGUUAUGGCCAAAAAUGCUGCAUAUUCACUAUUCAUAUGUACCAGCUGCUCUUCUGUCCUGUAGGAAAACACAAAAAUGUGGAUUUAUUCCCAUAAUACAGUGAUUUUUAGUUUUCCGAGAAUGCCAUGCUGUCAGUUUUUGGGAUCUACUGUAACCCAUGAAUUCAAUGUUUCAAUUCAAUUUGUUCUGCCAAAUGGAUGCGUGUGAUUUUUUUUUUUUUUUUUUGAAUGGCUAUAUAAAUAUCAUUGUCUACUUGACAAUACUUUUUACUGUUUGUAAAUGUUAAAAACUUUACAUAGUUUUACAAUAAUGAAUGUCUGACAGAGACUAGUUUUGUGGUAUUGUUGAUAUUUUUAAAAAAUACGUAAUGUAAGCCUACUUGUGAAUUAUAACAGAAUUAAUUCAUAUUUUGUGACUUUUUUUUUUAGCAGAAUAUGAAGUCUACAAUGUCAGACUAGCACUUCUUUUGUAAUGAGUUCAGUUUCAGUUGUCUUUUCGUCUUCAAAUCUUUUCAGCACUAAGAUUUUCUUUUAUGUCAGUAUUGAUUCUUUGACACACUCAACCUUAAUGCAUGCAAGGGAACACAGAAAAUGAGACUCCCGUUUACAAGUUGAAGAAAUGAAGUAAAAACAAAAAAAAAAAAACUAAAUGAUUUGAAAAAUGUUUUAAUGAAUGGCUUGAAUAUUCAAAUUUGUGAGCAUAAAGGGCAGUUAUUCUGAGUUUUCACUUCAAACUGACAGUUUAGUGAAACCCAUUUACCCCUUGUAACUGGAGAAAUAGCACUUCUUUUAAAUGACAGUGAGUAUUCACCUAUUUUCCCACUAUAGUGUCUCAGAAACAUUAAUUGUUUCAUCUGUUAUUCACUUUCUUUUUUUAGUGACAUUUUAAAAGUGGAGUUACAUUGAAAUACACUUUAUCUCAUCUGCUCAAAUGUUAUGCCAGGGGUUUAGCAACCAGAUCCCAUCAGUGCACCUUAAUGGGGUUUUAGGGUGACAGCUGACUUUUAACAUUUCCGAGCAAAAA